UGAUUGGAUGCGAUUGGCGGACGAUCGGUGCCGACAGACCCUGGAGUCGGUCGAGUCGGUGGUGCAGGCCUUCGGGUCGGUGUCCCUCAUGUUGGAGUCCACCUAUCAUGCCGUCAACUCCUCCUUCAGGGCAUUCAUCGGAGUCGCCGAUCACUUCUCACGACUCAGACACCAUUUGACACAUAUAUUGUCGACACUCGCUAUCAUCAGAACAUUCAAAUGGAUUGUCACAAGAAUAUUGUCUUUAAUUGGUGUUCGAGUGAGGGAUCAAAACCAAGACCCAAAUGAGAGGGCGUGGAGUCAGGCCUCCAAUAACUCCAAUCCCAUUGAAUCCCAUUUGACAGCCGACGGCACCUUUGAUUCAUUAAAAGGCGACAAUUUGUCGUCAAGAGGUGGUCCGUGGCCUACCAUUGUAUUCUUCACUGUAAUACUGGGCACGCCAUGGCUUCUGUGGAAACUCAUGUCCACAAUGGCUGCAAGUGAGAGGACAGUUUCAGAGAAGUGGGCGACGGGUGAGGGCGAGCACUACGAGGCCACAGCUCUCUAUGACUUCCAUUCAGACAUUCCUCGUGAGGUGUCAUUCACUGUCGGCCAGAAGAUUAUUGUGGCGCCAAAGGAAUUACAGCCGAGAGUGAGGGGAUGGCUAUUAGCGACAAUUGAUGGCCAGAAAGUGGGUCUCAUUCCAGCCAAUUAUGUGAGAAUAGUUGGCUGUCGUAACCCUAAAACACAACAAUAAAGCCUC